AUGACUACAAUGAAGAAUCCUAAUUCGUCGUCUUCUAAACUCGCUCUUCUCAGUCACAUCAAGUAUGAGCACUUGGUCGCUGGUAUUUCUGGUGGUGUAACGUCCACUCUCAUCUUACACCCUUUGGAUUUAAUAAAAAUUAGAUUUGCUGUUAACGACGGUCGUACUGCCACGGUACCACGUUAUGAUGGACUCGGUAGCGCUUUCGUUACAAUUGUCAAAAAGGAAGGAGUACGGGGCCUCUAUCGUGGAGUCACUCCUAACGUAUGGGGUUCUGGAUCAGCUUGGGGCUUCUAUUUCUUAUUCUACAAUGCAAUAAAGACAUGGAUUCAGGGUGGGAACGCACGAACACCUUUAGGCCCUGGUCUUCAUAUGCUCGCUGCUGCUGAAGCUGGUGUCCUAUCGCUUAUAAUGACAAAUCCUAUUUGGGUGGUGAAAACCCGUCUAUGUCUUCAGUACAGUGAGGAACACCUUGCAGAAAACAAGAGAUACAAAGGAAUGGUCGAUGGCCUCACUAAAAUAUACCGAUCAGAGGGUAUCCGAGGUUUAUACCGGGGCUUUGUUCCUGGAAUGUUUGGUGUGUCCCACGGCGCCUUGCAGUUUAUGACCUAUGAAGAAAUGAAGAACAGAUACAAUCAGUAUAGGAACUUGCCUAUAGACAUUAAAUUGACAUCAGUGGAAUACCUGACGUUCGCUGCGGUGUCCAAGCUCCUAGCCGCCGGCGCCACUUACCCCUAUCAGGUGAUACGCGCCCGGCUCCAAGACCAGCACAGGGCGUACCGCGGGGCGUGGCACUGCGUCACCGAGACGUGGAGGCACGAGGGCUGGCGGGGUUUCUACAAAGGCCUGCAACCGAACCUCGUUCGAGUUAUUCCUGCAACAAUGAUAACUUUCCUCACGUACGAGAACGUUUCGCAUUAUAUGCUGAACCGACGGAAGGAGAUUAAACUACCCUCGUAA